GGGUGCGGGCGCGGGGGAGCCAGUGGCCCACGCCUGCCACACGCAGACGCCCCAGCUCAGCUGGGAUCCGAGCUCCAGGCUUGUGGAGGAGCAGGGUGGGAGCCAGGGAGGUGGGGGCAGGAGGGUAGGUCUCUUCCUCCAGCUCCCACCACACCCCAGCCAGCUCUUUUCCUGUUAUCUGAGCUGCGGGAAGAGAUGCCGGCUACCUAGGCUCAGAGGAAAGCGGCAGCCAGGGACCUGGCCUGCGCCGGUCCCUGCCAGCCUUGGGGCCUAGUGUCGGGCCACGCUGUCUGGGAACAGAUAGGAAGACACUCCCACUCCACCAUCACACUGGAAACUCAGCCAGGCAUUCACUGAAUGGUUAUUGCCCCGCAUCGGCCAGCAGCCUGGACAGUCACCGAGGGAUGAGGACGCUACCGCCCAGUGGGACGCCCUUUCCGCCCGCGCGGCCCCAAGCGCACAGCGCCCAGGAGCCGGGCCGAGCUUGACGCCCCGUCGCCUCCCCUCGCGCCCAGGGAUCUGCGAGUGACCCGACCACCACCUCCCGGCUGCAUGGAGCGGCUGCAGAAGCAACCACUUACCUCCCCCGGGAGCGUCAGCUCCUCCCGAGACUCCAGUGUUCCCGGCUCUCCCUCCAGCAUCGUGGCCAAGAUGGACAACCAGGUGCUGGGCUACAAAGACUUGGCUGCCCUCCCCAAGGACAAGGCCAUCCUGGACAUCGAGCGGCCUGACCUCAUGAUCUACGAGCCCCACUUCACCUAUUCUCUCCUGGAUCACGUGGAGCUGCCCAGAAGCCGGGAGCGCUCGCUGUCACCCAAAUCCACAUCCCCCCCACCGUCCCCAGAGGUGUGGGCGGAUAGCCGGACCCCUGGAACCAUCUCUCAGGCUUCAGCCCCAAGAACCACUGGGACCCCCCGAACCAGCCUGCCCCAUUUCCACCAUCCUGAGACCACCCGCCCAGAUUCCAACAUCUACAAGAAGCCACCCAUCUACAAGCAGAGAGAGUCCAUGGGAGGCAGCCCUCAGAGCAAGCACCAGAUUGAGGACCUCAUCAUUGAGUCAUCGAAGUUCCCUGCAGCCCAGCCCCCUGACCCCAACCAGCCAGCCAAGAUCGAGACUGACUACUGGCCAUGCCCCCCAUCGCUGGCUGUUGUGGAAACAGAAUGGAGGAAGCGGAAAGCAUCCCGGAGAGGCGCAGAGGAGGAGGAGGAGGAGGACGACGAUGACUCCGGGGAGGAGAUGAAGGCCCUCAGGGAGCGCCAGAGAGAGGAACUCAGUAAGGUCACUUCCAACUUGGGAAAGAUGAUCUUGAAAGAAGAGAUGGAAAAGUCACUGCCGAUCCGGAGGAAAACCCGCUCCCUGCCCGACCGGACACCCUUUCAUGCCUCCUUGCACGGUGGAACAUCAAAGUCAUCUUCCCUCCCGGCCUACGGCAGGACCACCCUGAGCCGGCUGCAGUCCACAGACUUCAGCCCAACCGGGAGUGAGGCUGGAAGCCCAGGCCUGCAGAACGGAGAGGGCCAGAGGGGGAGGAUGGACCGGGGGAACUCCCUGCCCUGUGUGCUGGAGCAGAAGAUCUAUCCCUACGAAAUGCUGGUGGUGACCAAUAAGGGGCGAACCAAGUUGCCUCCAGGUGUGGAUCGGAUGAGGCUGGAGAGGCAUCUGUCAGCCGAGGACUUCUCCAGGGUGUUCGCCAUGUCUCCUGAAGAGUUUAGCAAGCUGGCUCUGUGGAAGCGGAAUGAGCUCAAGAAGAAGGCUUCCCUCUUCUGACCGCCCCACACUUCCUGACUGACCCUCACCCCUGCGGCUCUCUGGAGCUGGGUCACUGGACCCUAAAGCAUCAUCUCUCGGGGGGGGGCACAGAAGUGGGCAGAGGUGGGGUUGGCUGCAUUCGCUAGGUCAAGGGGAGCCCGGUCUUCUCUCAGUGCUGGGCUGUGGGACAUGGACCUUCUUCCCAUAAUGAGCCAGGGGCCUCCCCUCCUCCCUAGUCCUCACUGCACAGGGCAAACCCAGGCUGGACUCCAGCACUCAGAGUUAAUGUCUGCACCCUCUCCCUGCCCCCACCCCAUGAAGAGAGGUCCCAGAAGAGGGAGUGAGGCGACCUGGACAUGGCACGUGGUGCAGGCGGUUGAUGUCUGGAUCAGUAGGUGGGUAGAGCCCUCAGCCUGCGGAGGAGGUGAGGCAGGAAGCAGCAGGCAGGCAGGCACAGCUCCAGGACCCCAUCUGCCCAGCACUCCUCCUCGCCUCACCGGGAGGCUCCCCCUGCACCUGGGCCUCCCGCCUCUGACUCCAGUAGGAGCAAGGCUGAGCUCAGCCUCCAGCAGGGAGGCCGCCCUGCCCGCCAGUUUACCCUCUGACCUCCUUGCACAUCCUAUGCUUUGAAGCCUCAUGCUCAGCUCUGUGGCUUCCCCAGAAGCCUUGGCUUAGAGUGGAGAUGUCGCCUAUACCGAACCCCAGGCCCCCAUCAGCCUCCAGGCACAGUGAGCUAGACUCCUACCUUCUGACACCAGGAUCCUAGGCAGGACCAGGCCUUCAGGCUCCCUCAGAUGGGAACAAGAGGCCAGGCCACCAGGUCCCACCCAUACCCAUGCAUCCCCCACCAUGCUCUCUAAAGAAUGUAAUUUAUUGGGGCACCCCAGCUGCUUCCUCACCCAACUCUCUGCCCUACCUAAUCACAUUCCCAGCUUUUCUUCUCUACAAAUACAUAUGUGUAUAUAAUUAUAUAUAUAUAUUUUUUGCCCAGGUCUGGGUUUUGUUCCUGCCCAGACCCUGGCAUCCCUUUCCACUGUGUGUAUGUGUGAGAUGAUACUGGGGGAGGGGAACUCUGCUUGGAAUUAAAAGGUUGCAUUGGGUCCCCAAA